UGAACGCAGCAGCCCGUAUUAGCUUUCCGUGUGCGACUAUAAAAUCGCUUGAGGGAAGCGACUCGCCUCAUUUCGCCCGCCUCACAUGGAAGUUCCACUUGAAUAGAGACACAGUCUCCGUAAUCGACCGAAGAAGCAACAUGGAAGACGGCUUUUCCAAAAGCGGGGACGCCAAAGUGGACCGCGCUGUCACACAAUGGCUGCGAUAUGACAAGAAUCCAAAGACUGUGUGCGCGGUGGAGAAGCUGCUGAAAGACGGCGCGGUGGAGACGCUCAAGAAAUGUUUCUCAUCCAGGAUGGCGUUCGGAACGGCGGGUCUGAGGGCAGCCAUGGGCCCCGGCGUCGCCUGCAUGAACGACCUCACCGUCAUCCAGACGACGCAGGGUUUGUGUCGCUACUUAGAGGACAGUUUUGUGAACCUGAAGGAGCGAGGAGUGGCGAUCGGCUACGACGCCCGAGCCCACCCGCCCAGCGGGGGCAGCAGCAAGCGGUUCGCCCGACUGGCUGCCGCCGCGUUCAUCGGCCGGGGGGUUCCUGUGCACCUCUUCUCUGACAUCACCCCCACUCCCUUCGUGCCUUUCACAGUUUCACACCUGGGUUUGUGUGCUGGUAUCAUGGUGACUGCCUCGCACAACCCCAAAGAAGACAAUGGCUACAAGGUAUACUGGGCCAACGGUGCCCAGAUUGUGUCCCCUCACGACAAAGGCAUCUCAAAGGCCAUAGAGGAGAAUCUGGAGCCUUGGUCAGAGGCCUGGAAUACAGAGGCAGCCCUGAUGAGCCCCCUGCUCAAGGACCCGCUUGAGGACAUCCACACACACUACUUCAAAGCCAUCCAGAAACACUGCCUUCACAGGGAAUUAAACAAGAGCUGCGAGGUGAAAAUCGUACACACGUCGGUGCACGGCGUCGGCCACGCAUUCGUGCGGUCUGCUUUCGAGGCCUUCGACCUUCACCCGCCGUACGCUGUGGCCGAACAGAAAGACCCGGACCCCGAGUUCCCCACUGUCAAGUACCCCAAUCCUGAGGAGGGAGAGGGAGUUCUGAACCUCUCCUUCUCUUUGGCUGCGACGGAGGGGGCCACUGUAGUGCUGGCCAACGAUCCCGAUGCGGAUCGACUGGCUGUCGCCGAGAGGCAGGAGAGCGGACAGUGGCGAGUUUUCAGCGGGAACGAGCUGGGAGCGUUACUAGGCUGGUGGAUGUUCCACUGCUGGAAAGAGCAAAGCCCUGACGUUGGUGCUGUGAAAAAUGUCUACAUGUUGGCCAGCACCGUCUCAUCCAAGAUUCUGCGAGCCAUCGCCCUCAAGGAAGGCUUCCACUUUGAGGAAACACUGACAGGGUUCAAAUGGAUGGGAAACCGAGCCAGAGACCUUUUAGAUCAAGGCAAGACUGUUCUGUUUGCCUUUGAGGAGGCCAUAGGCUACAUGUGCAGUCCCUCAGUGUUGGACAAAGAUGGAGUGAGCGCUGCUGCAAUAACAGGAGAGAUGGUUUCCUACCUGGCAUCGAAACAUAAAAGUCUUUCUCAGCAACUCACAACCAUCUGUGAAGAGUACGGCUACCACCUCAGCAAGAACUCUUACUUCAUCUGCCAUGACCAGGAUGUGAUCCGCGGCUUGUUUGAGCGGCUGCGCAACUACAGCGGCGACGGCACGGACUCCUACCCGAGCAAAUGCGGCGCCUUCUCCGUCACCGCUGUCCGCGACCUGACCACCGGCUUCGACAGUAACCAGUCCGAUAACAAGGCUGUACGUUUAUUUUUUUUCCCAAACAUUUAUUACAUUGAUCAUAACAAACCUGCGGGUAGAAUCUCUUUCUUUCUUUUCUUUUUUUUUCUUCACUGCCUAUUCUGCGCCGCAUUGCGUGGUCCUCAGGUCCUUCCCACCUCCCGUUCGAGUCAGAUGAUUACGUUCACCUUCUCCAACGGGGGCGUGGCCACCAUGAGAACCAGCGGCACCGAACCCAAAAUCAAAUACUAUACCGAGCUGUGUGCAGCCCCUGGUAACGGGUACAAAAAGCAGGACGAUCACGCCCAUUUAACGGCCGAGAAAUGUGCUCGUUCUGAAAUCGUGCUCCUUUCUGUCGACAGUGAUUUGGAGCACCUGAAGAAGGAACUGGACCAACUGGUCGACGCAAUCGUUGAAAACUUCUUUGAGCCACAGAAGAACAAACUGCAGCCAAAGCCAGAAUAGAACUGAUGUGAUAAAACACGCGAUAUGUCAAAUACACGUGAUUUUCAUUCCAAAUCGGCAUCGCACAGACCAGAGGACCAGUGGCAACAACAACAGCAUUCCAUAUGUCUGGAAUCGCAUCAAAAGCAAUAUUAUCUUAAAAGGUAUUUAAGGAGGUUCUUUUUGAAAAUAAAAAGUCUUCAUUCAAAUAAAAAGUAUUCAUUUUCAUAAUGUUAA